CUUGAGGACCGCCCAGUCGACGAACACCGCCCAUUACGGAUCGCAAUCAUCGGCUCCGGCAUAUCCGGCAUGAUCGCAUCCAUCCGACUCCGCCAACGAAUCCCAAACCUAGAACUGAUCGUUUACGAAAAAAAUGACGAUAUCGGAGGUACGUGGUUGGAGAAUCGGUAUCCGGGGUGUGCGUGUGAUAUCCCAGCACACACGUACCAAGCCACCUUCGAGCCGAACAAAGAAUGGUCGACCUUCUAUGCCGCGGCGCCGGAGAUACACGCGUACUGGAAGCGGGUGGCGCACAAGUACGGGUGCAUGAAGUAUGUGAAGCUCAAACGGCAGGUCGUGGAGGCUGCUUGGGAUGGGGAGGAGAGUCGGUGGGCGUUACAGAUCAAAGACCUCGAGACUGGCUCAGUCUACCCGCAUCAAUGCAACAUUCUGAUAUCUGCCACCGGCGCCUUGAAUAAUUGGAAAUGGCCGGAUAUUCCGGGCCUUGGUGAUUUUCAGGGGAAAUUGAUGCACAGUGCGCGUUGGGACGAGGGGUAUGAUUACACGGACAAGCGGGUGGCGGUGAUAGGUAACGGUUCCAGCGGAAUCCAAAUCGUGCCGGGCUUGUUGCCGAAAGUAGCACAUCUCGAUCAUUACAUUAGAGGUCGGACGUGGAUUGCGCCCACAAUUGCUCGCGAGGAGGUCGAUAAGCGCGGUGCUGAGCUGGGAAACUUUUCCUUUACUCGGGGGGAAAUAGAGACUUUCAAGCAGGAUCAUCAGGCGUAUCAGCGAUUUCGAAAGGGUAUUGAACUUCAGCUUCAAUCCGUCCACAACGCGACUAUACGAGGAACUCCGGAGCAACUCGAAGCUCGCGAUGUCUUCGCGCAGAUUAUGAGAAAGCGACUGUCUAAGAAGCCGGAACUAUUCGAUCAGCUCCUCCCAUCUUUCCCGCCGUUUUGCCGCCGUCUCACCCCUGGACCCGGCUACCUCGAAGCUCUAACAGACGAGAAGGUUGACGUAAUAACCAGUGACAUUGUCAAAGUCAAAGAGGAUGGCAUCGUCACCGCCGACGGCAUUCAUCAUCCCACGGACGUUCUUGUCUGCGCGACAGGCUUCGAUACCACGUUCUCGCCGCGAUUCCCUGUUCUAGGACAUGGCGGGCUCUCGCUAUCCGAGCGCUGGGGAAAGACUCCUGAAACGUAUCUCUCGUUAGCAGUCGAUGACUUUCCAAACUACUUCAUCUGUCUAGGGCCUAAUGCUGGAUUGGGAGACGGUAAUCUACUAGGUUCGAUGGAGAAGGCGAUUGACUACAUCACUGCCUGUGUGCAGAAGAUCCAGAGAGACAAUAUCCGAGCAAUGAGUCCAAAGAGGGAGGCUGUGGAUCGGUUCACUAAGUACUGCGAUCAGUAUUUCUCUCGGACAGUGUUCAGCGAGAAAUGUAGGAGCUGGUAUAAAGGGGGGACUGAGGAUGGGAGGGUGACAGCGUUGUGGCCUGGUUCUUCCCUUCAUUCCAUGCAAGUGCUCUCUCAUCCACGAUGGGAGGAUUUCACGUAUGAGUAUGUUCAUGACAAUCCGAAUGGGUGGAUUGGCGAUGGGUGCACGAAGGAUGAGAGAAACAAGACCAUUGAGGUGGAUUAUUUGGAUGACGAACAGGUUGACUUUCCAGAGGCUGUGACUCAAGAUUGGCUUUGAAUGUGACAUUGGGCAGUGCAUUUUAACCGUAGCUACUUCUCCGUCCUUGGGUUGUUGUGUUGUGAGGCUUGGUAGACCGUGGUUCGCCGGGCAGGAUUAGUAUAUAGCUCCGGGAUGGUAAGUAGGAUGGUUUAAAU